AUGUCCGCUCCUUCUCUUACCAGCUACAUUGUCAAGCGCCCGUGGCUCAAGCGCUGGAUGACGCCAAUUGCCAACUGGUACGCCGACGCAGCCGGUUACAGGAGGCUCGGAUUGAAGUUUGAUGACCUGAUCCCCGAGGAAAGCGUGGCCGUUCAGACGGCCAUCAAGCGUCUUCCCCCUAAGGAGGCCUACGACCGUGUUUUCCGUAUCCGCAGGGCAUUCCAGUGCUCUGUCUCCCACACCCUCCUUCCAGCUGCUGAGCAGACCAAGCCUGAGGAUGAUGUUGAAUACCUGAGCCCGAUCAUUCGCGAAGUCGAGAAGGAACAGAAGGAACGUGCGGAUCUCGACAACCUCAUCAUUAAACGGUAG